AUGUGUCUGGUCAAAGUCAAGCAGGAAGAAGAGGUUAUUCCUUACCGUAUCCACCAGCGCACCCGCUCCCCGCCCCGUCGCCGGAUAUCACAUGUGCGCCAGUCGCGCGAUAUUGCACGCCACUCGCGCGACAUUGAACGCUACUCACGCACCGAGAUAGUGCGCGAGUCGUCUCCUCGACCUUCAGCGUCCUACGUCUCGGUGCCGUCUCCAAAGCCUCUGCAGAUUCCCGCACCACAGCCAGUGCCGGUGUUUGUACAGCCUCCGCCACCUCCGCCACCAGCGCCUAUGCCUGUACCUCCUCCGCCUCCAAGCCACGUCUCUUCUCAUCAUACACAUUCUCACUAUGGUGGCGCACACUAUGUCGAAGUCUCACCACGAUCCAGUAUGAGCUCACGCUCCUCAAGUCCUGGGCGCAGCGAGUAUGUGUAUAGGGAGCGCGAAGUCAGGCGCGAGCGCGAAAGACACAGUCCCGAGAACCCUCGGUAUGAGCACUACCGAUACGUUGAGCCUGCAUCGAGCGAGAGUGAUCACUAUGAAAGGUAUCAGCGGGACCGCAGCAGGCAGCGCAGUCGCAGUCGCGGCGGCCACGAUGACGCCAGAGGAAGCUACAGGGAGACUAAUACCAGGGUCCAGUACAGAGGAUGA